AUGCAUGAUGAGGUGAUGGAGAAUAUCGAGGAAUUUAGAUUGGUCUCUGAAGACACGUGGUCCGAAAUAAUGGGCUUUGGAAGCGCUGAGACAAAACUCUCACCGUUUGCGAGGUUUACUGGGAGACAUAAAAGGAGUGACAAUGUUUGCUAUUGUGGUCUGCCAAAACGUACCUGUCCACCCGGUCCGCAAGGCUCACCAGGUGCCCCAGGUGAUCCCGGUGAAAUCGGUCCAGAUGGAAUAGACGGACCUCCUGGACCGCCAGGAAGGCACAUCAUUAUUCCCGAUAACUAUCCUAAAACAUGUAUCCGUUGUCCGCCUGGUCCACCAGGUGAUGAUGGUCCGACGGGUUAUCCAGGAGCCCCCGGUCUGCAUGGCGGAGCGGGUCCAAUAGGAUUACCAGGCGCGGAUGGAGAACCAGGAGAGCGAGGCGAACCAGGAAAUCCUGGAGAAAUGGGAAUGGCUGGACAGGUGCGUAGCUGA